AUGAACUACUCCCAGCACCACCAAUAUCCAACCAACACUUCUUCGGCGCAAGAAACCCGCAUUCUCACCACCUUUCCAACCGAAGGUCUCCCGGAACCGCGCGUCGAAGAGCUCCGCCGAGAUGAAGUUCUCUAUCCACCUUCGGCUCCGGGCGACUUUCCCUUCCAUCUGCGCAUCCCUCUUCUCACUCAACUAAACCGAUGGUUCUGUUGUCAAUGUGCAACCAGAGCGAUCCAUUCCUUUCAAAACGAUGGACACAAGGGCCUCGACAAGAUCGGCAUGGUGAACAGCAAAGCGUUUGAUCGCUGUCACGAUCCAGCCUGCUCUCAUAUCCAGUGUUCCAACUGUGCCCUCGGACCCGGUUUCGGCGGUCUCUUAUCCUUCAACAGCUUGCUACCUCCCGGAGGGGGUAGAGGUGCCCACGCGCAGGGACCGACGAUAGUCCGAACCGUCGCUGGCCUACACGCACACCCUUUCCACAUCGACCCAUGCCACUGGGAAUGUGCCUGCCGCGAGUGGAUGAGCAAUGUGUUUGAUUCUCGUUGCACGAUGCACUUGACAAGGUGCGCGAACCCGCGCUGUCAGUUUCGCAACCGAAGAGAUGUGGGAGUGUUGAGGCCGGAUAGCGUGGUGCUGAAUCGGUAUGGGCAACGGUUGGGGACAGCGGAUCAGCGGAUUGUCGAGAGGAACGGCCCGUGGAUGGUGCAGAGACACGGCUUGGGCAUGGUACCUGAGAAGGGUCAGAGAGAUAAGGGAAAAGGGGUAGUACUCCCGGGACAUGCACCGCCGGCACCAACCGGACCACCCACGGCGGUGUUGCUGGAUGUGUUCAGAUCGAGGGCUACUGGAUAUGGAGCUGACGAGAUGGAUAUUUGUGCGGAUGAGGACGAGGACAUAGCAGUAUGGAAGCCAGGGUGCCCGGCGCCGAGGUACAGACGCAGACGAGCGCCGCCGCCGCCACCACCAUUCGACAAACCAGAUGAAGUUGCCACUUACCUGUCAGAAUACCUGGCUAGUAUUCCGCGGGGAUCUCCUCAGCCUAUGAGGGGAGACUUGUCACGACCGGGAUUGGUGAUGAUGAGCGGGAGAAGAGAAGAUGGCGACAGCCGAGGUCCGAUUCUGGGAGGAGGGUUCAGCCAUCCUCCCAGAGCAGGUCACCAUUCUGGCCAUGGCCCACUGUCGGUCGGGGUAACCGCAACCAUGCCGUCGACAUCAACGAGAACGGUUGGGUUUUCGGGUGCCAGUGACGGCCGGAUGGGCAAUGGGUGGCAUCGGAUGUGA